UAAAAUUUCACGCACAAAUCCCCUCUCUUUUGUCGGAAAUUUUUCAUCGCGAUCAGAGCUGAGAUCUUAUCAGAGAUCGUCACUGGAGUCCUCGGAUCUCCGGCCGCUGUCGCCGCCUGAGUCCGGCGAUGCGGUGCUCGAUUCGUUUUCUAAGAGUUCGGAUCUCGCAUUAGGAGCAAGUAUGUUUUCUUGAAUUCGGGGGGAUUUUUUAGGGUUUCUGAUUCAAUGGCGACGAGGAAUCGGACGCCGUUGUUCAGAAAGUACAGGGACGCGCUUCGGAGCGUUAGGGUCCCGUCGGUAUCGUCGCCUCCGUCUCAAUCUGGGCCGUCGACGUCGAGCUCAGGGAACGGGCCGGUGACCGAAUUGGUGAGCGCUUCGUUGUUGAACCGGAAUCGGCAUUAUGCUCCUCUUAGUACGGAUGAUCCAGGGAGCUCUAGUAGAGGUGCACUCACUGUUGGUCUACCUCCAGCUUGGGUGGAUGUUUCUGAAGAAAUAGCUGUAGAUAUACAACGGGCUCGCACAAAAAUGUCAGAGUUAGUGAAGGCUCAUGCAAAAGCUUUAAUGCCUUCUUUUGGAGAUGGAAAAGAGGAACAACAUGCAAUUGAGACUCUUACUCAAGAGAUUACACAUUUGUUAAGGAGGUCAGAGAAGAGAUUAAAGAAACUUUCUUUAAGUGGGACCUCUGAAGACUUGAAUGUUCAGAAAAAUGUCCAGAGAUCACUGGCUACUGAUCUCCAGAGUCUUUCAGUGGAGCUUCGUAAAAAACAGUCUACUUAUUUAAAGCGCCUCCGACAGCAAAAGGAGGAGGGUCAAGAUGGUAUCGACUUGGAGAUGAAAUUGGAUGGAAAGAAGUCUAGAUUCGAUGAUGAUGAUGAUGAUUUUGUGAAUGUGGGUUUCAGUGAUCACCAGAUGUCUCAGGUGAAAAAGAGUGAGGCCUUAACAAGAGAGAGGGAAAAAGAGAUCGCGCAGGUUGUAGAAUCAGUGAAUGACCUUGCUCAAAUCAUGAAGGAUCUCUCUGUUCUUGUAAUAGACCAGGGGACCAUCAUCGACCGGAUUGAUUAUAAUGUCCAGAAUGUUGCAGCGUCAGUUGAAGAAGGAUUUAAACAACUGCAAAAGGCAGAAAGAACACAGAAGAAAGGAGGGAUGGUUAUGUGUGCAACUGUUCUUGUGAUAAUGUGUUUCGUCAUGCUAGUCCUCCUAAUUCUCAAGGCGAUACUGUUUUGAUACAUAGUGAUAAAUAUUAUUUCAUCGACAUUUUCAGCGUUACAUAUCCCCCCAUAUUAUUUCUCAAUCUCACAGAUAUAGAAAAAUUCAAGCUUCGGAGUGCAUUAACUGCAUGAUACAUACAAGGAGUGGCUUCAUGCUGAAGCCCACGAGGAUGUGUGUGUAUUGCGUAUGUACGACAGGGAUUUGGGCAUCCUCCACCAUAUGCAUUAUGAGGUGGAAUCUCCAAUUUUGAAGAAUGUAGUUUUUGCCCAUAUUUAUAGUUCGCAUAUCCCAUUGAGACUGCUGGCUCUCGUGAUGUAUAUUUUCACUAUCUAUUCUUUUUUCCCCUCUCUCUCUCUCUAUCUGCUUGGGCAAUAGAAAUAUAUCUUCCUUGACUACAAAGAUGUUUCUUUUUCUUUUUCUUUUUCAUAUAAUUUUGGCAUUGAUGGGAUGUGGAGGCCACUGAUGACUGGCGUGAUUUGUGUAAGAUCUAUAUUUUUUGUGGUGAGCAGCUAUGGUAUUGUUCGUUUGAGUUGGCCAUGUGUAUUUUAUGAUAUGUGCAAUGCUUGAUGGGUGAAAGCAAGGAAAUAAAAGACUCUUGUUUCAGUUUA